AACUGUCAGGUAAGACCAGAUAAACAUGGCUUUCUACACCAGAUCCCUUCAACAUCUGCCAAGGAUAACGAUAAACGACGUACACAGAAUAAUUCAAGCGUCAUCAUCUGCUCCCAAGAGCAAGAGAGAAAAGGGUUUCAAAAUAUACGUCUCUUCAUUCAUUGACAAUUAUGAAGAUUGUCCUUGAAGACUCCACUCCUGUUCAGCUCUAUGAGGUCGAGUGCUCCUGUGUGGCUGGCAGAGCCUUAUGCAAUCAUAAUGUUGCAUUACUGUAUCAGACUGCUCAUUACUCACAGUUAAACAUCACAGCUGUACCACCUGUUUUGAGCUGCACAGAGAGCGAACAACGUUGGCACAAACCAAGAACUAUGGGUGUGAAGCCGGGCCGUGUGAGUGACAUGGUGGUGCUGUCUGCAAAGCCCAAACAGAGGACGGUAGCGAAUGGUGUCAGGAGCACUCUCUACAAAGCGAUGCGGGGGGAUCUGCCUGAUCCUGAUGUCCUGAGGGUGGCGGAAGCUUACGAAGGCUUUCCAUCGGACAUAGCACCUCUCAUUACCACCAUGUCCAUCAGUGCUGAUGUCCCGUUGGUUGAGUCAGCUCUGGGAAAAGUUCAGGAGGGCAGCCCGAUUGCAUACCAGCAGCCAGUGCCAGUCAGCCGCAUUAUUCUUCUUCACACUGGUGCUCCUCCACCCCCACCUCUGCCUUUAGAUGGCUACAAACUGGAGCCCACUACAUGCCAGUUUGUGUGCAGUCUCCACCAGCAGCUGCAUCUGCAAUCUCUGCAGACUUCCUUGGAUACAGCAAGGAAAAUAGAAGAAUCAACAAGGGAGCAGAGUAUGUCCACAGAGUGGCACCAAGUCAGAAGGAUGAGAGUAACAUCAUCUCACUUCAGGGAGGUAUGUCAUGUUCGCAGUCAGACUUCAGCGGAACAGCUUGCUGAAAGAAUGAUUAGGGGAGUGGCACAAACAGCAUUGAUGAAAAGAGGUCUGGCAUUGGAGCCACUAGCCAUUCAAGAAUAUUGCAAAGCAAAGAACACUAACUACUGGCCAUGUGGCUUCGUUGUACACCCCGAUGCCCCCUGGUUAGGGUCUUCCCCUGAUGGGGUUGUUUUCGACCCAACAGAGAACCCACCCUUUGGCCUGGUGGAAGUGAAAUGCCCCAAUGUAAAAAGUUAUGUUGACUGUAAAUACCUAAAGCUUCACAAUGGCACCAUGAAUCUAAAAAAGCAACAUGGUUAUUACUGGCAGGUGCAAGGACAACUCCUGCUUACAGGUAUGGACUGGUGUGAUUUCGUUGUUUUUGCAGAGGAGGAUAUGAUCAGUCAAAGGAUCUACAGGGACCCAGAGGUUGCUGCCGUCAUCAGGGAGAGGGGAGACUAUUUCUAUUUCUACUUCUACUUUUAUUUAUCAUCUUGCAUGAAAAUUUAAAAUCAACCCACCUCCCAAAAGAUGUGUUUGUAAAUAGUGUUAAUGUAAAUAGUUCUCUUUAAGAAAUGCACAUGUAUGUACAUAAACAACAAACCUAUACAAGGUACCUUUUGUUAUUAUGAAUUCAGUGUUAGUAGUUAUUAGAUUACAUUUUAUUGUCAUUUAGCAGAGUACAGGUACUGUAUUAUGUGCAGUUAUGUGGACUAGUUAUCUACAAACUCAUAACUCACACAAAAUGUCAAACGUUGCACCACAAUGUUUAUUUACAUAGUUCAUCAUUACAAAUCUAUACAAUGUUACAAUUAUAGGAGCCAUGUUAUUACUUAGUGUAGUAUGACAGCUUGUGUCUUUGUAUAAUAAAUGUCUGAA